GAGUAAACAAUCAACUACCCACCAAAAGGGAGGCAUUGACUCUUGACUGGUUGGGGGUGGUGAGCUAAUAGAUGACAACAUUAAAUAAGGUCAUCAAUCAAUUCUCCACUUUAAAGUCUCGUGUUCAUCUGAAAUGCCCAUGCCAUUUCUACUUCUUUCUUCCUCCUUCGUCUUGGCAAUCACGCCCCCAUUUUUACUCAACAUCAAGUUCAAGUUCAAUUAUGGAGGUGGUUAAAGCCGUUGCAAGUCACGGCUCUGGGGCUAGUGAUAGUGUCGCUGUAAGAGCUGAUAGAAAAAGUUACAGCUACAGGCAAAUCAUCUUGUCUGCAGAAAGGAUAUCUAGCCUUCUGAGUAGUAGUGACUCCCAGAGUAUUUCUGAAGGAAAACAGCUUGAGCAUUCUUUGGUUUCAAACGAUGGCCUUAAAGCCAAUAAAUCUCUUGGUGGAACUCGAGUUGGAAUCGUUGCUAAACCUUCAGCUGAGUUUGUUGCUAGUGUACUUGGGACAUGGUUGAGUGGAGGAGUAGCUGUUCCACUUGCACUCAGCUACCCAGAGGCUGAGCUCCUGCAUGUCAUGAAUGAUUCGGAUAUCUCUGUAGUGUUGAGCACUGAAGAUCACCAGGAGCUUAUGCAAACUGUUGCUUCUAAGAGUGCUGCUCGAUUUUCUCUUAUCCCUUCAGUUCCGACUAUGACAUCAAGAACUACUCUUAACGGUCAUUCUGAAAUGGAACAAUCAGAUGCAGACACAAUUUUGAAGGCAUUUGAAAUCCCAACUAAGAUAGAAGAGGAUGCAGCAUUAAUCAUUUACACUAGUGGAACAACUGGUAAGCCUAAAGGUGUUGUUCACACACACAGAAGCGUGUUGUCGCAGGUCCAAAUGUUGACAGAAGCUUGGGGAUACUCUUGUUCAGAUCAUUUUUUGCAUUGUCUUCCAUUGCACCAUGUCCAUGGUCUUUUCAAUGCGCUAUUUGCUCCUAUGUAUGCAGGCGCCACGGUUGAGUUCAUGCCAAAAUUUAGUGUCAGCGGCAUCUGGCAGCGAUGGCGUGAAUCAUAUCCAACGGACGGGACAAAAGUUGACAGUGCUGUGACCGUGUUCACUGGAGUUCCAACAAUGUAUUCUAGAUUGAUACAAGGUUAUGAAGCAAUGGACUCUGAUGUACAGGCGGUAUCAGCCUCGGCAGCGAGCAAGUUGCGACUCAUGAUGAGUGGAUCUUCUGCCCUCCCUUAUCCUGUUAUGCAGCAAUGGGAAACUAUUACGGGGCACCGCCUUUUGGAACGAUAUGGCAUGACUGAGUUUAUCAUGGCACUUUCGAAUCCCUUGCAAGGCGUGAGAAAAGGACGCACCGUUGGCAAACCGUUUCCUGGAAUAGAGGUCAAGAUUCUUGCAGAGGAGGGCAAUGGAAAUGAAACAGGCACCGGUGAGCUGUGUGUCAAAAGUCCGUCAUUGUUUAGGGAAUACUGGAAAUUGCCUGAGGUAACAAAACAAUCAUUUACGGAAGAUGGGUUCUUCAAGACCGGUGAUGCUGUCACAAUAGACGAGGAUGGCUACUUCGUUAUUCUGGGAAGAACAAGUGCUGACAUCAUGAAGGUUGGUGGCUACAAGUUAUCAGCAUUAGAAAUCGAAGCAGUUCUUUUAGAGCAUCCUGCAGUUUCAGAGUGCUGUGUAUUAGGCCUAGCAGAUAAAACCUAUGGAGAAGUUGUGUGCGCGAUAAUUGUGCCAUCUGAUGAGAUCAAGAAAAAACAGCAGAAAGAGUUGAAGCCCGCUUUAACCCUAGAAGAACUCUGCUCAUGGGCAAAAGAAAAGCUUGCCCCUUAUAAGCUACCAACAAAACUACAUAUUUGGGAAAGUCUGCCUCGUAAUGCAAUGGGAAAGGUGAACAAGAAAGAAUUGAAGAAAUCACUAGUUGCAGAAGGACAGUAAUUUCAUUUUGCUGUGAGGAAUGCAGAUAUAUAGCUAGCAGUUACAGAAAUAGUUUCGUUUUGUUCAAGUUAUAGAGAAGCUCACAUUCUUUACCAUAUAAAACCAUGUAAUAUUAAACAGCUAUUCAGCUAACAGUGAAUUUUGUUUUGGCUUAUUUAAUAGUUAUUUAUAUAUCAGAAGAACAAGAAAAUAAUCCUUUUAUUC